AUGGCGGAGACGAAAAAACACAGAGCGAUUCACUGGAAGGCGCCCGUUUUGAUGAUGUUGCCAGCGACAGCAGGCAUCGGGCUUGCUCUUGGACAGCACUUUUACUACCAGCAUCUCAACGGCAGAGCUACUGACGGCUCCGAAACAAAGUAUUCACAAUCUAUCACCACAGGUAUAGGUACGGGAAUGGCUUUCCUGGUCCGGUCAUUCUUGGUUCUAGCCAUGGGCACUGCCUACGCUCAGCUGUUUUGGCUGCAGCUGAGGCAUAAACGGGUCACGUUCACCGAGAUUGACUCGCUCUUCACGGUCUUGACGAGCUUGAUGGAUCUGCUUCGCUGGAGGAUCUGGGUUCACCAUCCACUGUUAGCCAUCGUGGCUCUGCUGGCAUGGCUGCUUCCUUUAACAGCUGUGGUGGCACCUACGGCGUUGACAACACAUUGGUCGGAGCACUCUCGGGAGACAUAUAUAACAGCAAACGUGCCUGUCCCUGACUUCAACCGUAGUUCUUAUGCAAUCUUGGGCGCUUCGAUGACAAGUGCCUACUACAACUGGAGGGGUUCACAAUACACACUGAACAGGCUCACACUUGCAACUGCUACAGGAGGCCAGGUCCUACCCGGACCGGUUCCUGCUGUCAAUUCAUCAUACACGGUCAAUUUCUACGGUCCCUCUCUUCAGUGCCAGCCUCCGCCUGCUGACUUCAACCAAAGCUUCCAAACCCUCAUCAAAGGCUUGGAACAGGGCAAGCUUCUCUACCAGCAAAUUCUCUAUCUUUCCUGGCGACCCAAUGCCACUGAUAAUUUGCCUUGGUUAGAAACGUUGCUUGAGGACGGCUUUGCAGAAAGCGGUGGCUCUCUUAUCGGGCCUGCUGAUCAACCCGCGACAUUAUACUUCGCAUUCGGCCAGCCACAUUCGCUCGCCCUGCUUGAAUGCACCAUGAUGAACGCAUCGUAUGUCGUGGACAUCUCGAACUCGGAUGGCAUCCAGACCCAACAGGUGCGUGAGGUAGCUUCUCACGGGGCCAUUACCACGAUCGCCGGGUACCAGACUGCUGCCGAUGAUACUAUGCGUAAAAUAAUGGCAUAUCAGUCAAUAUUGGCAUCCUUUUUUGGCAUCCUACAAGGAAGCAUCAGACAUCCUCAGUCAGCCGACACCAAUACCUGGUCAACUGACACGACACAGAUCAUGGCGACUUCGCUCGGGCUGACAGAUGAGCUUUACCCCAUCCUCACCGAGUCUGACGAAUUGACCGACUACACGGCAGUGGCCGAGCCUGAUGUAGCAGCAAGUGGAAAGCCAUUCGCUCGAUCUGCGGAAGAGUUGUUCCAGAAUAUCACUUUGAGUCUGAUGGCUUUCGAGCGGUACAGGACGAAUUUUAGCAACACCGAGCAAAAGCACACUUCAACUAAUGUCACGGUAUUCUCGCCAUACAUUGUGUACCGAUACUCACCGAAAAAUCUCAUUAUUGCAUAUGCUAGCGCUGCGGGUGUAUGUCUGGCGAUCAUCGUCAUUGGCAGUAUAGUGCUGUUCACCUCCGGAAAAUCGUUUACCAACAACUUCACGACUGUCAUGAGAACGACAACCAAUCCCAAGGUUGAGGCGCUAUUGACACGGGAUGACAAAGACGGCAGAGACCCCUUACCGAAGCACAUCGCUCGAGCGACUUUCGACUUCACACUUAACACCAUCGUGUCCGAAGAUUCUCUAUCGGGCUCCGUGCAUCCAAAAGUGGAACCACAGAUGGUUGAACACAUACCCAAGGUUCCCAUGGUCAGAGCAAAGUCGCUUCCAGCACGAGAGCCGAGAAGCAUGUCAGCAAUGGAUGAGGCUCUGCGAAGCAGUCAGCCUGAGGCACCAGAGUCGAAUGAGAUCAGUGAUGGAGGUGAACCGGUCAACAAUGAAGCGCCUAACCCUGAGAGCAAUGUAAACCGGACGUUACAUCGUUCGACUUGGUAA